AUGACGACUAUCUCUAACGAUAUCUUUCUACCUAUCAAAGAUGAACUACUAGUACUUGAUACAAACUUAAAAAAAAUGAUAGGCGCUAAAAAUCCCAUACUUUAUGCUGCAGCCAAUCAUCUAUUUUAUGCUGGAGGCAAGAGAAUACGCCCUGCUAUUGUUUUAUUAAUAGCACAAGCAACAACAAAAUCUGCAAAAAUACAUCCUGAACAUCACAGACUAGCAGAAAUUACAGAAAUUAUACACACUGCGAGUUUAGUUCAUGAUGAUAUUGUUGAUGAAUGUGAAACACGAAGAGGAGUAAAUACUGUACAUUACAAAUUUAGUACUAAAGUAGCUGUACUAGCAGGUGAUUUUCUAUUUGCACAAUCAUCGUGGUAUCUAGCAAAUUUAAAUAAUCUACAAGUUGUUAAAACUAUUUCUAAAGUAAUUACAGAUUUUGCUGAAGGUGAAGUCAGACAAGGUUUAAGUACUUUUGAUACAAAUAUUUCAAUAGACGAUUAUACAGAAAAAUCUUUUUACAAAACAGCAUCAUUAAUAGCUGCAAGCUGCAAGGGUGCUUCUAUAUUAAGUUACACUAAAGACAACAUGCAAAAGAACUUUUAUCUUUAUGGCUAUCAUUUAGGCCUAGCAUUUCAAAUUAUUGACGAUAUUUUGGACAUUAUAGGAUCUCAAAAGUCUUUAGGCAAACCUGCAGGAUCAGACUUAAAAAAUGGUAAUUUAACAUCUCCUCUUUUUUUUGCUUUAGAAGAAAAACCUGAACUUUAUAAGUUUAUUAAUAGAGAAUUUCAAAACAAAGGAGAUACAGAAAAAGCAAUAGCAAUAAUUAAAAUUACCAAAGGUAUAGAAAAAGCAAGAGAUUUAGCAUUAGAACAUGUUCAAGCCGCAUUACAAGCUUUAGAAAAUAAUCAAAAAUCUAUAUCGAUUAAUACACUAAAAUUAAUAAGUUGUUAUAUAAUAAAUAGAUUGAAUUGA